AUGUGUGUGUGUGUGUGCAGGUACAAUGGCUCUCUGCCCAAUGGUGACCGAGGUCGACGUAAAAGCCGUUUUGCACUUUGUAAGCGACCGAAGGCAAAUGGGGUGAAACCCAGCACAGUUCACGUCGCCUGCUCUCCGCAGGCAGCCAAGGCCAUAAGCAACAAAGACCAGCACAGCAUCUCAUACACUCUGUCUCGAGUGCAGACGGUGGUGGUGGAGUACACCCACGACAGCAAUACAGACAUGUUCCAGAUCGGUCGAUCGACAGAGAGUCCCAUAGACUUCGUAGUGACCGACACUGUGGCGGGCAGCCAGAGUAACGCAGACACCCAGUCGGUUCAGAGCACCAUCUCCCGCUUCGCCUGCCGCAUCAUGUGCCAGCGCACGCCGCCUUACACCGCACGCAUCUACGCCGCAGGCUUCGAUUCCUCCAAGAACAUCUUCCUGGGGGAGAAAGCUGCUAAGUGGAAGACAGCUGACAGUCAAAUGGACGGGCUGACCACGAACGGCGUGCUGGUGAUGCAUCCUCGAAACGGCUUCACCCAGGACUCCAAACCAGGCGUCUGGAGGGAGAUCUCUGUCUGCGGCAACGUCUUCACCCUGCGAGAAACGCGCUCAGCCCAGCAGCGGGGGAAGAUGGUGAGAGAACAUGCACAUGGAAAUAACUGGUGCUGCGUCAAUCACAUUUAAAACUGAAGCGUAUCGACUCGGGUGUGUUUAUUAUUUUGAGUUUUACCUUCACCUUCAAAAGAGUUGAUGUUUCCAGUUCGCCUGAUUUUUAAAACAACCACAAGUUCAAAGCUGCUUUUUCCACAGAAAGACCUCUUUGUCAUUU